AUGGCGUUUGAUCUUGUUCGCAAACGUUUGACGAAAGAGCUCAAGGUGCUAACAGAGAAUCCUACACCGGGCAUACGAGUCGUCGAUGAUUUCACGGAUAUGCGAAAGAUUCGUAUUGACAUCGAAGGCGCAUCGGGAACAUUAUAUGAGGGUGAAAAAUUCCAACUGUUAUUUAAAUUCUCUGAUCAAUAUCCGUUUGAUUCACCCCAAGUGACGUUUAUUGGCUCUAACAUUCCUUUGCAUCCACAUAUUUAUUCAAAUGGCCACAUAUGCUUGUCGAUAUUGACCGAUGAUUGGUCGCCGGCAUUGAGUAUCAAUGCUGUUUGUCUGAGCAUUCUGUCGAUGCUUUCAAGUUGUAAGGAUAAGAGUUGUCCACCCGAUAACGAUUGGUAUGUCCGUACAGCAUCGAGUGAUCCGAAAAAAACUCUCCUUCCUAAUGUAAACAGAAAAAUUUCAAAUGAUUGUACGAUGUGA